GGCGGUCAGCGGCGGGCGAUGCCGCACACCGGUCGAGUGACCUUGCGGAGCGGGCGGUGGCGGCGGUAGCGGCGGUGCUCAGUGCUGGCGUCUGUGAGUCGCCGGUGUGGCUGCGGUAGCGGCGGUGUGCUCUCGCAGACAGGUGCACCGUUCACCAGCGACCACCUGUGAUCGGUGAACACGGCAUUGUCCGCAGGGACAUCACCGACAAACAGCAGCAUCAUGGGCUAGCGACAGGUGCAGACUAGACUCCAGCCUUCCCACCUGACUAACCUCCGAGGGUCCGACCACCGACCUCCGACUCCGACCUCCGACCGCCGACCUUCAACCUCCGACUCCGACCACCAACCUCAGGCGAUGCGUCUGUGCGGCUGUCGGCUACGCCGGAGCACGGCCCUUCUGCUGGCCGUGCUCGGCGUGGCCGCCGUGCUCUACGUCCGCUACAUGCAGCAGGAGGUGGAGCUGACCGACCCCGACCCGGACGUGGUCAGGAUUAUUAGGCAAAAUAAAAACCAAAAGGAGUACAUCAACCGGAAGGGCAUCCACGUCGUGGUGGGCCACUACAAGGGCGACCCGCCUCCGGAGAACCUCACCCAAGCUAUUCUCAACACCAACGACUACCGCCCGGUGCCUGGCGAGGGCGAGAAGGGCAUGCCGGUGGUGGUGCCGGCCCACCUGCUGGACAAGAUGCGGAAGCUCUACCGCAUCAACGAGUUCAACCUGGUGGCCUCCGACCGGAUAUCGGUGAACCGCUCACUGCCGGACGUCCGGCGCGCAGGAUGCCAGGACAAGAAGUACGACCAAAGUAAGAUGUCGGCUGCCUCCAUCAUCAUCGUCUUCCACAACGAGGCGUGGUCGACGCUGCUGCGGACCAUCCACAGCGCCAUCAACCGCUCGCCGCGCGAGCUCCUGAAGGAAAUCAUUCUCGUCGACGAUGCCAGCGAGCGCAGCUUCUUGGGACGGCCCCUGGACGAGUACGUGGCGCAGCUGUCCGUGCCCACUCGCGUGGUGCGCAUUGAGGAGCGCACGGGGCUGAUCCGCUCCCGGCUCAUGGGAGCUCAGGAGGCGUCCGGUGAUGUCAUCAUCUUUCUGGAUGCCCACUGCGAGUGCACGGAAGGCUGGCUGGAGCCGCUGCUGGCGCGGAUCGCCGAGAGCCCCACCUCCGUGGUCUGUCCCGUGAUCGACAUCAUCAACGACGAUUCAUUCGCCUACACACGCAGCUUCGAGCUGCACUGGGGCGGCUUCAACUGGCAGCUGCAUUUCCGCUGGUUCACACUGGGCGAGCGCGAGAUCCAGGCCCGAAGGAAGGACAACACCGCGCCGUUCAGGACACCGGCAAUGGCCGGUGGGCUGUUCGCGAUAAACCGGGACUUUUUCUACCAGUCCGGGUCCUACGACCGGGACAUGGACAUCUGGGGAGGCGAGAACAUCGAGAUGUCGCUCCGGGUAUGGAUGUGCGGAGGCAGCGUGGAAAUACACCCCUGCUCGCACGUCGGACACAUCUUCCGCAAGAACUCGCCGUACACGUUUCCCCGCAAAGGAGGCGUGGGAGGCGUGCUGCACCACAACCUGGCCCGCGUGGCCACCGUCUGGAUGGAGAAGUGGGCCGACUUCUUCUUCAAGGUGAACCCAGAGGCCGCUAAGAUGAAGGACACCACUCAGGUCAGCCACCGGAUGAUGGUGAAGAAGAGGAUGAACUGCAACAACUUCAAGUGGUUCCUCGACAACAUCUGGCCGGAACACUUCUUCCCCGACGAUGACCGCUUCUUCGGCAAGAUCCGUAACGACAAGCUGGAGCACUGCGUGCAGCGACCGUACGCCACGGGCACGGGCCAGCCGUCGGGGCCGGCCACCACCACCGACUGCGCCUCCAACUGGUACACCCCCCAGCUGUUCGUCAUGACCGUCGACGGCUUCAUCAUGACGGACGAGUCCGUGUGCCUGGACGUGCCGGACGGAGGCCGUGAGACGGCAGAGUCGCGGGUCCGGAUCCACGGCUGCAGUCAGCUGUCGCGCCAGAAGUGGUUCCACGACUCCAGUACCAGUCAGCUGGUACACGUGGACUCUCAGAAGUGUCUGGACCUGCCGACGGCGGCGAAUCCGGAGAGCCUGGUGGUGCUGGCCUGUUCUGACGGUCCCAGUCAGAAGUGGACGCUGGAGGAGGUCCCGUGGACGUGAGACGAAGGGAUUCGAGAUCAAUAACGAAGGGUCCCGUGGACGUGAGGAGAUGAAUCUCAGGUCGUCAUGAACAAAACACUAUGCCUCAGAGGUGUGACGAGAACGUUAGACGUUUAUCAUACCAGCUGUGUGGCUAGACGAUUUGACGAGAGAACGCUGAGCGUCUAUCACAAACUGAGAACUGCAUCUCAAGGAUGUUACAAGACGCUGAACGUCUAUCUGAGGAGAGAUUUGCCCAGCGGACCCAGUGAUACAUUUCCGACCAUUCCGUCCCUGUGAUAGUGAUACUCGUGCCUGCAGGAGACUAACCAUUACUCGGCUCGGAGAGCUGAAGGUGAACGCGUGAGUGAGCGAUUUCGGGUGCCGGGAGACGAAUUCUCACUCCCAAGUCAGUGCCGACAUUUCAUCUGUUCAUAACAUGCUCAGUGCGAGUGUUUCAGGCGAGCCCGUGAUUGGUGACUUGCGAUAACUCAAUAACCACCUUUUCACGUGAAAAGGCGCGAUAGGGAACGGAUCGUUGCUAUGUGGAGUGACUCGAUGGGCAGCGAUGGGCACCCGCUUGUGAUCAAGGGUCGGACGGGGCGGACCCGAUGGCACCACGGCCGCAUAUUGUCGGCCGUGUGCUGCCCAAGGCUCUAUAGAAGUGCUGCCCUGACCGCGCCAGCCCCGCCACAGCGGCUAACCUACCGAUACGUUUAACACUGACCAAAGCCGCCCGCGCGCAGGUCUCCUGGCGGGCCAGCGUUCAAUUCGCGAGUGUUCCUAACCUCCUAACGUCUUCCGUCCAAGGACCAAUAAGAGUAUGCCGCUGCUGACUCGGUGGCAGAGGCUAUUUAUUACUACAGCUAAUGUCUUGUUUUUAUACUUGUUCUUCGUACCGAAAAUGUGCUGAUGUUUUGUCAUGACAAAUAUUUAUACCUAACCGCACGAUAUUGUGUAUCACAGACUGAAUCAAUAUGAAAUAACUUUA